AUGACCUCUCGUGCAGCAGCACUUGCUAAAGAAAGACAGGCAAAAGCUAUUGCUGAAGCAGACGUCGUGAAAUCGAGCGAGAACAUAGCAGCAGCAGUCAAACCAAAGAAGUCAUUAUGGGAAAAGAUUAAGGAUGAAGCUGUACAUUAUUGGCACGGUACUCAAUUAUUGGGCCUUGAAAUCAGAAUAUCAUCGAGCUUACUGUGGAAAUUAUUGCACGGAGGCAAAUUAACAAGAAGAGAGCAUCGUCAACUACGUAGAACCACGCUAGAUCUUAUGAGAUUGGUGCCUUUCGCCUUCUUCAUUAUUGUUCCUUUUAUGGAACUUUUAUUGCCUGUAGCACUGAAAUUAUUUCCCAAUAUGUUACCAAGUACUUACGAAAGCAAAUCGCAAGAGGAAAAGAAGAAAAUGGCUCUAUUAAAAGUACGCUUAGAAAUGGCUAAGUUUUUGCAAGAAACCAUAUCUGAAUCAGGAUUCCCUGGGUCUGAUCAUGAAAAAGCAGCAAAAGAGUUUGCAGACUUCUUCAGAAAGAUUCGUAUGACAGGAGAACAGGCCUCAACUGAAGAUUUGUUGAAUGUGGCCAAACGAUUUGAGGACGAAUUGACUUUAGAUAAUCUUUCUAGACCCCAGUUAGUAUCAAUGUGUCGUUAUAUGAAUAUCAAUGCCUUUGGUACAGAUAACUUUCUGCGUUUCCAAAUUCGUAACCGUAUGCGUCAAAUCAAAGCUGAUGAUAAAGCUAUUCAAGCAGAAGGAAUUGAGGCUUUGACUAUUCAGGAGCUUCAAAAUGCUUGUGCUUCCCGUGGAAUUCGAUCUAUUGGCACUUCACCUGGUCGUCUGAGAGAUGAACUUGCUCAAUGGCUUGAUCUUCACUUAAAUCAUCAUAUUCCUGGAACACUUUUGAUUCUUUCCAGAGUGUUCAGUUAUACCGACCGUGGUAUGACUACAGAGGAGGCAUUGAAGGCUACUUUCAACAGUUUGCCUGAUAACCUUGUCAAUGAAGCUGAACUUCAAGUGUUGGAGCAAGUGGGUGCUAGUACAUAUAAGCAGAAGCUAGAAGUCUUAGAACAGCAACAAGAAUUGAUUGAGGACGAAUUAGAGCAAGAAGAAAAAGAAGAAAAGGCUAGAUUGGAGGCAGAACAAGCACGCCUGGAAGCAGAAAAUAAGGAACGCCUAGAAGCUGACAAGAAGGACGAAUUUAUUCCUGAUGAACAAUUAGAAAAGGAUGAUGAGAAAAAGACAACUGCUGCAACAUCCACACCUGAAACAAGUGGGGUUGCUAAGCCAGAGCUACAAAGUGAUGAUAAUGCUCCUAUGCCUGCACCGGAAGAUGUACCAUUAUCUGAUGAACAACAAUUCGAACUUCAAGAAGCAUUGGCUAAGCUACGUACUAAAGUCAGCGUACUGGAAGAACGUGCACAGUUGAACGAGAUUAAGAUACAACAUGAAGAUUAUAAAGAAGUAAGCAUGCUCCUAUCAAAUUGA